UGUGUCACAACUCUUCACUCGAAUACGGAAACUCUUUCAAGGUUAUUCUUCACACAUCAGCUGGUGAUAUCGAGAUCGAGCUAUGGACUAAAGAAUGUCCUCUUGCAUGUCGAAAUUUUCAUUCAACUUUGUAUGGAAAAAUACUACGAUGGUACUAUAUUUCAUAGGUUGGUUAAAGAUUAUAUAAUACAAGGAGGUGAUCCCACUGGUACCGGUCAAGGUGGCGAAAGUAUAUAUGGAAAGCCGUUCAAGGAUGAAUUCCACCAGCGUCUCCGAUUUAAUCGUCGUGGACUUGUUGGGAUGGCAAAUGCCGGAAAAGAUGAUAAUGGUAGUCAGUUCUUCUUCACUGUUGGCAACGACGUUCGUGAGCUCGACAAAAAGCAUACAUUGUUUGGAAAGAUUGUUGGGAACACCGUAUUCAACAUGCUGAAGAUGACUGAAUGCGAUGUCGAUGAGAAUGAAAGACCGAGAACUAUACACAAGAUCAGAAACGUCACCAUUCUCACAAAUCCUUUCACGGACAUGCAACCAAGGCAUGAAGAAGAUGCCGAGCGCGAUGCAUCCUACGGUGUCGAGUAUACGAGCGAAGUUCGCAGCAAAAAGGAAGAAGUGGAUGAUGAUGGGAAGGAUGAAGACUUCGAGAAAAUGAUUGACGAUGAACGAAGGAAACAAGAACGCGAAAGAAUGGAAGCUAUGCAAGCUGAACUGAAAGCCAUGCAAAAGGAGCACAUCAAAGCGCUUCGUGGACCGAAACAGAAGACAAAGGAGGAAGGUAUGGAAAUAGAUUACCACCAGUCCUGCGGCUUCAUUUCAUAA